UGACACGCAAAUACGUAGUAAUUCUGCGACAGGAAACGAAUCAGUGAAGGACACGAUGUGCACGAUACUGCCGACAAACACGUGAAAAAAAUGUAUUCCAGUUCUUUGAGUUGUGUUUUAUAGUGUGUUGAAGACAUGAAUGUACUGCAGUCCUGAUAGCAGCCAUCAUGACGACAGAGGCUGUGUCCUCAGGGACUCGAGCUCAGAUCCCAGCUCCUGUCCAGAAAGACUACUACUACUGGUUACGCUCUUUCGCAGCUGGAGGUGUUGCAGGGUGCUGUGCCAAGUCCACCAUAGCGCCUCUCGAUAGAGUGAAAAUUUUACUACAAGCUCAAAAUCCUCAUUACAAACACCUUGGAGUGUUGGCCACACUUAAGGCAGUGCCAAAAAAAGAGGGUUUCCUUGGACUAUACAAAGGAAAUGGAGCCAUGAUGAUCAGGAUUUUCCCAUAUGGAGCCAUUCAGUUUAUGGCUUUUGAUAACUACAAAAAGUUCCUUAACACAAAACUUGGAAUAUCUGGGCAUAUUCAUCGGCUCAUGGCAGGAUCUAUGGCAGGGAUGACUGCAGUUAUUUUCACUUAUCCACUCGAUGUUAUCCGAGCACGCUUGGCGUUUCAAGUGACAGGAGAGCAUCGCUACACUGGCAUACGAAAUGCCUUUCAGACUAUUUACCUUAAGGAAGGAGGAAUCUCUGGAUUCUACCGUGGUCUGACCCCCACAAUCAUUGGCAUGGCUCCAUAUGCAGGCUUUUCAUUUUUCACUUUUGGUACAUUGAAGACUCUGGGACUUACUCGCUUUCCAGAGCUCUUAGGCAAGCCGUCGCUUGACAACCCUGAUGUUCUAGUGCUGAAGACUCACGUCAAUCUGAUGUGUGGUGGAGUUGCUGGAGCAAUUGCUCAAACUAUUUCAUAUCCACUAGAUGUUGCCCGGAGGAGAAUGCAGUUAGGGUCGUCACUGCCUGAUUUUGACAAAUGUUGCAGCCUGACAAAAACUCUCAAGCAUGUGUACACCCAGUAUGGUGUUAAGAAAGGACUGUAUCGUGGCCUGUCCCUCAACUACAUCCGCUGUAUACCAUCACAAGCCGUUGCCUUCACCACUUAUGAGUUCAUGAAGCAAGUUCUUCACCUAAACUAGAACAAGCAGUCACUAAGCCUUACAGGAACGAGUUGAAACGACCCCUGGCAACAUCACAGCAGCCCUGUCUGCCAUUCCAGUGACCAGUCAUCUGAGCUCCAGUUCUUACAAAACACCCUCACAAAUGGCAAACCUGUGGCUUUGCACAGCACAGCAACAGUCACUAUGGAUACAGAGACAAAAGCUUGCUUUUCCGUUAUGUGUGGAUCAGAAACAACCGACACUGGAAAUGCCAUGGAAACCUGCAUCUGAAACUUGCCUGUAAAAGCCAUCCCAUCUCAGAUUGAGCAAUAUGCCUUAAUCUUUCACUCAUGUUAGCGAAACACGAAAUCACAGAUUUUACCUAUGUGGACAGUUUCGGUAUAUCA